CUCAAAUCACUCAGCUGCAGGCUGACAAGAGGUUGUUGGUGAGCCUGUCUCUCAAAGAGUCCCCCAUCUGUGAGCAAGACCCACAGAAUCCAGACGCAGGAAGUUCAGACAGAGAGAAUCAAAUGAGGAAGAAGCUACAAGAUUUAGUGGAUAAACAAAGAGAUGAAAUCCGGGCUAAAGACCAUCAGCUAUCUCAAAGAAAUGAGGACAUUGAAGCGCUUCAGAUGCAGCAACAUCGGCUGAUAAAUAUGAACCAAGAUCUCCUUCAUAAGGUGGGAGUGAUGGAAGCCAAGGGCAAGACGCUGAUUCAGCAAAAGACUGAGCUGGAGGCUGCAGCUCAGGCACAGCAGAAGGAGCGUGCAGCUCUGCACAUGGAAAUAACAAAGUUGAGAAAGGAGCUCCAAGAGAGAGAAUCCCAGAGAAAACUCACUGACUUGGAGGAAUUUCCUCUCUCUAGGUCUGAGAUGUUGUCACCACCUCUACCACUGACUAACGCCAGAGCUAUGCCACUCUCUGACGCCGACACCAGAUCCAAGUCAGUGUUGGUGGAGUGCAGUGGGGAUCUGAGCUUCAUAGAAAAGUGCCUUGAGUGUGACAGGAGUCUUUCUCUUCAGCCAAAGUCAGCAAAUGGAGGGGACAAUGUGGGCCCUUUUCUUGCAGCAGAUGACGGGCCAACACAGUUGCUGAGAUGUAAUGAUGCUAAACCCACAGAGAGCUUGGACAUACAAGACUCAGAAAACCCCCAGUUCACCUUGCAGGAACUGCAGGAUGUCCUACAAGAGAGAAAUGAACUUAAAGUACAAGUUUUUAUGCUCCAAGAAGAGCUGGCAUAUUAUAAAAGUGAGGACUUUGAGAAAGACUACAGUUCUGCUGUUGCUGCUUUAUCUGCUCCAUCUCAGUCAGCUUCACUGGAUCCGCCUGAAUCAGGAAUACGCCGUUUGAUCUUCACAGCCAUUAUGCCAAUGGUAGCAGCUGGCUUGAUCUCAGAUGACCCCACGUUGAUGCCUAUAAGGAGACUUGUUUCCUUUGUGUAGUUGAGGUUUAUUUUUAUUUUACAUCAUCCCAUCAACGUUCCAGAAAUAAUUCAGUCUUCGAAAAGUGGCCUAUUAACUAAAAAUACAUAGUUAUUUCAUGUCGUAUACAUGUACCCUUAAAUUCAUGGUUAUUCCAACCUGUCAUUGUUUAUGUCAAACUGUAGUAUUUGUUUCUGUGUGUGAUGUAUUAACAAGAGGUUUAACAAAUGUUUUGCUUAAAAGUGCAUCCAAGAGUGAAAAAAAAACUGUUUGAUUAUCCUUGCAAAAUAAUAAUCUAAUUUGUCAGAAAUGUAUAAAUCUGCUAUAAGAUAUUCAAACUGUGCAUAUUUUUUCAUUUGUUUGAUUUUAAUAUGAACAUGGAAAUUCUUCUUAUUAGAAGAUAUUAAAGCAGUAAUACAAAAAUGUUUUUAAGGAUUCAUCAGACAUAUUUCGCACGUCAGUGAACUUAAAUACAAUUUUGUUCUGAAUGUACUAAUAAAGGCUUUUUUAAAUAUUA